AGUUUGGUGGUUCCUUUCUUUGCAUUUCGGAUUUAGAGCUAGAGAUGAGAGCCGAAAGCUAUGUUGGGGCGAUGUAAAGCUGCAAAAGUCAACAAACGGCGAAGAAAUGCUUGUUUGGCUCGGUGAACGCGGUACAAAAACCCGUUUUGGUCAAGAAAAAGGCCACCAAAGAGCCUUUCAACCAAAAGUUUAUGCCACUGGAGGAGAAAGAUGUCCUCUAAGGUACUACAAACUCUUUGCAGAACACAGACCAGCAGAAAUGAACGGCCCAGAAUGUCCAUUUUUUCUUGCUAUCAAGUCCAACCGUGCGAGCAACGAUCCAGUUUGGUACAAGAAGUCUCCGCUUGGAAAAAACCAAAUUGGACAGUUCCUAUCCAUUGCUGCCCGUAAUGCCGGUAUAAACCAGGGCGAAGGAGCUAAAGUGUCGAAUCACUCAGUUAGGAAGACAAGCAUUUCGAGGCUGCUAGACGCAAAUGUACCCGAGAAUUACGUCGCUCAGUUAAGUGGCCAUAAAUCUACAGAAAGCCUUAAUUCCUACAAGACAGCUGGAGAACAUCACCAAAAAGCCAUGUCUCUCACACUCAGCAGAUCUAUGUCAAAAGAUUUGACGCCAUCGAUGAAUAUCUACGAGCAAACUUCGAUAGCAAGUACAUCUUCUUGCAGUUCUUGGACGAGCGCUGAUCAGCAGUUGAACCAAUUAAUGCCUCAAUCUCAAAUGGCUGCAAACCCAAAAGUUUCUCAUUUCUUCUCUGGUGUAGAAAGCAUUUCUAACUGCACAUUUCAAGUAUUCAACGCCCCAGUAACCAUUAAGGAUGGAAAAAAAACGUAUCAUAAUCGAGAGUGACGACGAAGAGUGAAAAACUUUGAACUUUGAACUUUGAACUCAUCCCGAUGUUUGGAUCGUUUCACUUGACAUUUUCACUAUUUUCGUCUCUUUGACUUGCAUAUUUUCACUUGACAAAAAAGCCAUUUAUAUAGUGAAACAUAGAUAAGAAAAGUCUCCCUCCAUUUCGACGAUUGUCAGUUGUGUAAUUACACGAAUAAACACACUUUUGCCUGUCAAAGUGUUAGCUUAUUUGUCACGUGCGCACUCAAGCGAAUCGAUAGCAAUCGAUAA